ACAUCCUCAGAUUCCGUUUGCUGCCAUGAACUUCCACGGUUUCCACUUCCAUGGCCAUGUUGCCAUUCAGGAAAAUCCAAACUAGCUCUAGACUUCGCUAACCUACUUUUGGCCAUGGUGUCGUCGGGCGGAAAGCACCUGGCUCAGGCCAGGCGGACCUCCCUGAUGAGGAUUAGGAUAGGAGGGCUCUCUUUAUGCAGGAAUGCGGUUGUAAUUUCCGUUGUCGCGCUUGCUAGUGCGUUCGUCUUCUUCGGCUAUCGCCUGUCUAGUCCGUUGACGGCACCCGCUUCUUCCACGCUGAGUCGCGACAAGUCAGUAGCAACCACAGUAGACCAGGUUAUAUCUUCUGAGACGAAGAGUCUAGCAGCGCUGGAGCAGAUAGAGUCGCUUUUCCCGAAGGAGGUACUGGAUGUCGUAAACACGAAUGCGGCCGAUUCGUCCCUCCCUGACUUGCGGUCGCUGUCGGUGGAGGAACCUUCAUCGAUUGCUCUGGAGCGAAUUAAAGAGAGGCGACGGAAGGCGCAGUCCGUUCCCUCGGAGGAUCCACUUGCCACUUUGGGAGCUUCGACGGCUGAUCACGCCAGUCUGCUGGCUAAAGCUGCUGCAGAAGGGGAGGACCCCGAGUCGUUGAGAGCGAUGGAAGCCCUACUCAAGCCGGAUCCCAAUGAUCCUGCGCGACGGAUAAGACGAGAGAAUCGAAUUCGUCGGCGAGAUAAAAGGCUUCACGAGCUGGUCGCACAGGAGUCGACAGAGGACGACGCAGUGGAGGCGGAGGAGAAGAAGAAGAAGGGGUCUGGCUCAGAACCCGCCGUUGCUCUGAACAAAUACAGCAUAUGGCGUAGGGAGGACGAGAAGAUAGGCGGAGACCAGAUGGUUAGACUUAUUCAAGAUCAACUGAUCAUGGCUAGAGCGUACAUGGCGAUCGCCCAGCAGCACGGCGACUCGAAGCUUUCAAAGGAGCUGAAGAACAGGAUGAAAGAUAGCACCAAGUCGCUAGGCGAAGCAACGACAGACGCAGAGCUAGCUUCCAAUGCGGUGGAGAAGAUGCGGGCGAUGGGACAGCUGCUCGCCAGAGCGAGGGAUCAGCACUACGACUGCACGGGAAUGGUGAAGAAGCUUCGCGCCAUGGUGCACUCUGCGGAAGAGCAGAAUCAAGCUUUGAGGCAGCAAAGCCUUUUCCUAAGUCAGCUCGCAGCAAAGACCAUUCCGAAGGGAAUCUUCUGCCUCUCCAUGCGGCUGACUAUCGAAUAUAGCAACCUCUCUCCAGAGGAGCGGGAGUUUACAGGAAAGGAAAAGCUGGAGGACAACGACUAUCAUCACUAUGCGCUCUUCUCUGACAACGUGCUUGCAACAGCCGUGGUCGUGAAUUCAACUGUUGUCAACGCCAAUGAUUCCUCGAGACACGUCUUUCACAUAGUGACUGACAAGCUGAACAUAGCGGCCAUGAAGGCUUGGUUUCUUUUCAACCCUCCAAAGGAUGCAACCAUUGAGGUUCAAAGCGUUGAUAGUUUCACCUGGCUAAACUCGUCCUACUGCCCGGUUCUGAGGCAGUUGGAGUCUGCAUCAAUGAAGGACUACUAUUUCAAGACAGGACAACAGACAGAAACAGCGGGAGGCGCAACAGCAAACCUCAAGUAUCGCAAUCCCAAGUACCUUUCAAUGUUGAAUCACCUCCGGUUCUACCUGCCCGAGGUGUUCCCCAAGCUUGACAAGGUUCUGUUCUUGGAUGACGACAUUGUGGUUCAAAAGGAUCUCACACCGUUGUGGGAGAUUGACCUGCAUGGGAAUGUGAAUGGUGCAGUGGAGACAUGUGGGGCCAGUUUCCACAGGUUUGACAAAUACCUCAACUUCUCCAAUCCACUGAUCGCCUCGAAUUUCGAUCCACAGGCUUGUGGCUGGGCGUACGGGAUGAACGUCUUUGACCUGAAGCAGUGGAAAGUUCAAGAUAUCACUGGAAUUUACCACAGAUGGCAAACACAGAAUGAGGAUCGCACCUUAUGGAAGCUUGGCACUCUACCACCCGGGCUGAUCACAUUCUACAACAAGACUCAGCCGAUUGACAAGAGCUGGCAUGCCCUUGGACUUGGCUACAAUCCAAAUCUUGACAUGGACGAGCUCAACAGUGCCGCCGUGGUCCAUUAUAAUGGCAACAUGAAGCCGUGGCUUGAAAUUUCAAUGACCAAGUUCAAACGUUACUGGACGAAAUAUGUGAAGAUUGACCACCCAUUCAUGCAGCAGUGCAAUGUGAGCCCAUAGCAUGGCUGCUAGCUAGUUAGUCAUGAUAACCAUCCAUAACAUGUCAACUCUUGUAGGUAUUGUAUAUGCCUCCAAGAUCACUGGCACUGCUUAUUGUAGGCAAA